AUGUUGCAUGCCAGCGCCCUGCACAAUUCAACCGAUCGGGGCAGGAGGUGCCCGGUACUCCUGAGACUUCUCUGGCGGACGUCUCUAGCUCUUAUGGCUGCCCGCUGGCUGGCCUCUGGCCUCCGCGGCGGCAGCUUCGCCGUGACGACGCCCUCAGGGCGGAAGCUGCCGAAGAGACCAAAGAACCUCGGCAAGAAGCAGGAGUACGACGUGCCGGGGACGCUGUACCAAGGCGGCCGGCGAGGAAUCCAGUUCUUCCUCGGAGACAUGGUCGAAGUGCAGCGAGAUGGAACGUGGGUCACUGCGCGAGUGUCCCGUGCACCGACAGAUGAGCGGCCCAACGACGGGUCCUUCCGUGUCAAGUUUGAUACGGACGCGUUCGAGAUGAAAUGUUGGUAUCGCGAUCUGAGGAAGCCAAAGAAUGCGGACAAAGUGCCGAUGCCCGACUGGGUGAAGGAUUGGUGGCCAGAGGAGCCGGCGCCAGAACCCGACUACGUUGGAAACGAGUCGGAUCCAGAGCUCAACUUCGUCAUCAAGGGCCCCUUCCCCAAAGAGUACACAGAGGAGGAGAUGUUCUGGAGGCAAGGGCCCCCACAGAAUGCCUUUGAGAUCUCGAAGGAGGAGAGGCAGCAGGAUGCUGAGAGAUGGGCAGAUUUCCGAAAGAAGGAGGCCGAGAGGAAACGUUUAGAGGAGGAGCGGCGAAAGGCCUUCGAGGAAAGCGAGCGCCAGUGGGCCGAGGAGGAGGCCAGGAAGAAGAAGGCCCAGAAGGCUGCCGAGAAGAAGACUCGGGUCAAGGAUCCAGAAGAGGAAGAGGACGACUAUGACGACGAGGAGGAAGAGGAUGAGGAGGAGGAGAGCGACGAGGACGUCCAAGAAGAGGACUUGGAGAAGCUGACCGUUAUCGAACUGAAGGAGAUGUUGCGGAAGCGAAAUCUUCCCAUCUCCGGGCGGAAAGCAGAGCUGAUCGAAAGACUGCGCAGCAGCUCGUGA